AUGCGCGUUAACCAACUCGAUGGAGAAAUUGCAGCCAUAGGAGAGAGGAACUCCAAGGAGAAACGUAAAAAUGGAAAACUUGUGCAUGAGCAUGACGAAUCAAAAGGGUACACAGAAUUGAGAAGAAAUUCCCAAGUGCGAAAAGACUUAACGAGCGAAAGGUAUCGCAUACGUGAGGACUACACAGGUUAUAAGCAAACGUUCUAUCAAAAGGGGAGUCAGGUUGAAACCAAGAUGGCGGGAGAGUCCAAUGCUAAGGAGGACACCUGGCUGAAAUCCCCUCGCAACGACACAGAGCAUUACAACAUCAUGUCCAGCACCGAAACAGUGAUGUCUUCAAAUGACAGUGUUGCGGACAUGUACGAAACAAACUACAAAUUCUUCGCAGUGAGGAAAUCUUCUCUCAGUGAAGAGUCCCCAGGAUCAGCAUCCGAUUGGCAACAUAAUUUAAAGUUGGACAGGAUCAGGAGCAACCAAAAUGAUGUCUUCCAAGAGGAUAGACGAAUCGUUAGGCUUCCCAAGCCGUAUAGAAGGAGUGGACCUCUCAAUGGGAAGAGACGCAUAGAGGAAAACGCCUUAACGGAGAAGCGCGCUUUAGCGGAGAAGCACGCUUUGACAGAGGAUGCCAAAGAGGAAAAACACAAGAAAGACGGCCAUGUGGUGUACGUGCCAAAUCAUGCCUACCUGGAAAGAAGCAAUGGGAAGGUACUAGAAAAAAAUAGCAUAAGCAACUUCAACCCGCUAGUCCAUGUAAGUACUAUGCACUAUUACUAUAAUCCCUGUGAGAGGCAAAACUGUAAUGACAAUCACUUCAGUUAUGACUGUCCCUAUGAUUUUCAAAAUGGAUCAUUUCGUUAUGGUUGUCACCCCUUUUGUGAGUCGCAUGACAGCCCUUCCGUGGAGGGGAUUCCAACAGGGGGGCCGUUGCCUCUGGCGAUCUCCUCCCUAAGCGUGAAAAUGGUUCUAUCGGCAGAUUUAGCGGUGAAUCUAGCGGUGAAUCCAGCGGCGAAUUCAGCUUCGGAUUAA